ACAUUAUUCGAAGCAGUCCCUUGACAUAGAAAUCAAUACAGUGUGUUUACUAGUUACCAUAGUAACACGCUAGCUGGAAGAAACUAGUUCUAGCUAAGCUGUUCUACGUGGUUAAAAUAAAAGCGCAACCUAUUUCGUAAUUUACUAGCUAGGUACCUGGCUAAUGCAUUUUAACUUCGUGAGUCACACUGAAAAGAUGAAUUCGGUGCUUCAGUAUGGAGAAGCGGAAGGUUACAUCCAAAGUUUGGAAAGAAUACCUCUGCGCGAAAUUGGGAGUCCUAGAUGGUUUCGCCAACAUGAGUACCUUGAGAAACUCAACAUGCAAGCCCUUUUUAAUGCCAGUGCUAAACAAGAGGAAUUCAUUAAAGAUAUUUUUGUGUCAUUUGCAAAGAUACCUACAUUGGUUCACGGACUGAUCGUCGCUGAAAUUUGGAAACAGAAAGUGUUACCGAUAAUUUGUCGGCUUCAGGACUUCAGCCCGAAGAGCACCAUCCCACUGUACAUGGUGAUUCAUCAUGAGGCUACAAUAAUAAACCUGCUUGAGACAAUCAUGUUCCAUAAGGAGUCCUGUGAGACAGCAGAAGAUGCUACAUUGGACCUUGUAGACUACUGCCAUCGUAAACUUACUCUGCUAGCAGGCCACUGUGCCCGAGGAGAGAUACCCAUUAAGGACAGAGUAUCUCACACAGAACUUUCAAACAUGAACUCUGUACAGGUGCUGCAGAACCAGAGUAACAUGUUAGAGUUUGAGAUCUCUUUGAAGGCUCUCUCUGUCCUUCGUUACAUUUCUGAUCAUAUAGAGAGUUUGAGUUUGAGUGUGCUCUCAAGGAUGCUAAACACUCAUAACUUGCCCUGUGUACUGGUUCAGCUUGUUGAACACUGUCCCUGGAGCUGCAGAACUGGAGGCAAGCUGGAGAAAUAUGAGGAAGGAAAAUGGAGAGAAAUCCCUGAUGAGGAUCAGCUAAAGAUGACCAAACUGGAUGGCCAGGUGUGGAUCACUCUGAUCAACCUGCUGCUCAAACCAGACUGCCACAGGAAAUAUGACUUCAACAACUUCAACAAAAACCAACUCUUAAAGCUACGUGGAUUUUUGACAGAGGUUGUUAUCGAUCAGCUGCCAAAUCUUGCUGAUCUUCAGCGUUUCCUUAGUCACCUAGCUGUUACAGACCCCGCUCCACCAAAAAAAGACCUCAUCCUUGAACAGCUGCCAGAGAUUUGGAAUGACAUUGUUGCAGAAAAUUCUGGGAAGUGGAAGGCUAUAGCCAAACACCAAGUACAGAAGGUGUUCAACCCAUCUGAGAGUGAGCUGAGAAAACAGGCAAAUAGGUUGGCUGAAACAUAUAAUCUUAAUGUCAUGGAGAGUCUUAUUCCGGAGAAGCCGAAGUGUGGUACGUGUGGGGCAGAGGGGGCCAAGCGCUGCUCCCGUUGCCAGGGGGAGUGGUACUGCAACAGAGAAUGUCAGGUGAAGCAUUGGCCCAAGCACAAACAUGCAUGUCAGCUAAUGGCAGAAGCCACAGAGAAACUACAGAAGGAGCGCAACAUCAAGACCUGAGAGACUAUGCAGCUUUUUGAGAAAAGAGAGAGACUACAGAUGCAGUGUCUUAGAGAAGUGCACAUGGAUAAAGUUAUUAUAAACUCCAUUAUCUCAGUUACCUUUAUCUUAUUGGUUGCUAUUAUAGUGUGAGAAUUGAGGAAGAGAUGCCACUCUGGUCUAGUGAGUUGAGCGUGUGCGUUUGAGGAAAAUCACUAAGCCAAACAUCGGAACUAAUUAUAUUGUUUAAGAAUAAAAAACGUGUUUUUGGUUUAAUUAUUUCACGAUCAUUUUACAGAUGAAGCUUACAUAGUAGGCUUAUUGAAGUAUUACUAAGCACAUUGCUUCAGUCUGACCAUAAACGAGUGUAUUAAGCAACCAAUUACAAUCCUAUUAACUCACACUCUUACUGUCUUACUGUAUGAAUGAAAUUUCUCUCCCUCGUGAGGCCAUUCAAAUACACUCCCAUAGAGAGUAAGAAAUGCUGCCUACAUAGCGUUGACAUUUUGAAACCAUAAGUUUAGAAAACCGCUUUAGUACGUGUGCUCUACACGUUUAUCGGAGGAGGGGGUUGCCCGGUCCCCAAGCUUGGUUACGCGGACCAAGGAGGAGCGACUGAAUACACACUCAGGAAGUGGACGAUGAACGCAUUCCGUUAUUAAAUCACAUUGUGGAUUGCUGCGAUUGUGUAAAACUUCUGCGGAUAUUAGCAGCUGUUGACACCUCUCCGCACUGGAAGAAGGAACUUUUAUCCCCUUCAGUUACUAGAAAGAAAGGAAAAUUUCAUGCUGCAAGACAUCUACGAGAUGAACUGUGGACUUCAUCAUUAGUAACUAUUCUCUAUACACAAAAAUGCUGAUAAGUAAUAUACAGUUACUCAUCGUACAAGCAAAAAGUAUUUAUAACAAUUGUGAUGAUCGACGUAACUCGCCACAUCUGUGCUUGAUGUGCACGUUGGAUUAUCUCGCAACUCGGAUGGAUCCAUGUUGUUCUAAGUACAAAUUGAACACUUAUUUUCUGUCCGGUCUUUUUAGAUUAAAAUGUAUCUAAACAAAAGAGAUAGUCCUUAUACUUGUGAAAUAAAAUCAUGGUAGGUAGGCUAUUAAGAAAUGAUUGUGCUAAAGAGCUAAUUUAAAUCGGAUAUCAUGUCUACAUUCUUACAGUAUGCGAAUUGUGUACCGUAAUCUAAUCGGGACGGAAAUGCCUCUUAAUUCACCCAACAUUUUUGUCUUUUAGAACCAUGAUUCGUAUAUAAGAUUCCCGGUUUCUUUCUCUUUAACCGCGAGGCCUCUUUAAACUGAAAAGACGUUUUGCAAGAUUCUCCUAUUACUUGCUCUAAAUCUAUAGUUGUUCUCAACGAAUAAAAAGAGAAGCUCUAGCUA